AUGGCGACCCAGACCACUACUGCGAGCUCUCUUCUACAACUCGACGCCUCCUAUGGUGACUGGCGAGAUGAUCUGCGCACCAAGGGAUAUGCUGUAGUCAAGGGCGCUAUCCCCCGCGAACGUGCGGUUGAGUACCAGCAACGGGCUCUGAAGUGGCUUACUUCAUUCGGCCUGCCGCUGGACUUAGACGACCCCAGCACCUGGCUGGCCGAGAACAUGCCUGUUCAGAGCAAGCUCAACACCUUUGACAACUAUUGCGUUGUUCACGAGAAAUUCAUGUGGGAUGCGCGCAUGGAACCCGGAGUCGUGGAUGCCUUUUCCAAAGUCUGGAACACGAACGAGCUACUCGUCUCCUUCGACUCGCUGAACAUCACUCUUCCGGGGCGUAAGGACAAGCCGCCCCGGGCCCCAUGGCCCCAUGUCGACCAGUCACCCUUUAAACGCGGGCUGCACUGCAUCCAGGGCAUCAUCAACCUGAGCCAUGUUGGCGAUGAGGAUGGCUCGCUUAUGGUGCUACCGGGCUCGAAUGCUUACAACGCCGAGUUCUUCGACACUCAGGCCGAUCGAUCCUCCUGGCCUGAAAUUGAUUGGCGCCGCUUCAGUGAGCAAGAAAUGAAGUGGUUUGAGGCCAAAGGGCUCAAGGCGUGCAAAGUCAAGGCAGAGCCUGGCGACCUGAUCUUGUGGGACUCGCGAACGGUGCACUGGGGAGCUGAGCCCACGGCGAACAGCAAAACGAUCCGAACCGUAAUAUACGCAUCCUACUCUCCCGCCAAACUUGCUAAGAGAGAAGCUCUUGAGGAGAAAACUCGAGUGUUCAACGUCUAUGGCGCAACGACCCAUUGGGCGCACGACAACAUUUGGCUUCGGCCUCAGCUCGCGCAUCUUCCUGAUGGUACGGUUGAUCCACGCAACAGGGACGAGCCGCUAGAGAAGCCCGAGGUGAACGAUAUGAUGUUGAAAUUAGCUGGAUUGAAGCCAUAUUAG